CACGUGUAAACAGGCUGUUCAUUCCUUCUGCAAACGUGCAACUGUGACGACGACGGGGCGACAACGAAGACGAAGACGACGACCACAACGGAGUUGUUUUCGGUUAGAAGUUAAGCUAUUCUUAGAUAAGAGUGUUUUGCAGUGUAGAAGCGUUGUUUUUGUAAUAAUCAAACGAUAUUUUGAUAAAUGAAAACUAGUGUUUUUGGUGAAGAUAUUUGUACGAAGUGUUUUCGCCAAGUCCCAAGUGUGGCGCGCUGUUGCGCGUACGGUCGGUCCACUUGUCACGCGAGGUGCAACAUUCCUGGGGCACUCACGCUUCGUGACCCUGCGCCGCGACGACCGAAGAGGGGGGUGUUGUAAGAACUCACCCACACAGUCGUUUUUCCCGCAUAUACAGGAACAACAGCAGCAUAAUCGCAUCGCAAUCGCAGUGUGUGAAAAUUGAAAAUAAAACUAUCAAAACAGUACGAAACGAAAUUUUGUUGAGUGAGGACGAAAAAUCCUGCCUCUCCCCGCGGCGAACUCGAAGUGCUCGAAGCGGGCGCAGAAUCGCAGUGUACGCUCAGGAAGUGCAACGGAGGCAAAGUGUGCACAAGUGAGCAAUCAAGUGUGAAAGUGAAGGACACGAUAAUUAAGAAAGCAAAAUUUAUACGAAACUGUGGUUAGCCGCAACGAUAAACUGCGGGCAAAACGAAGUGUGAAAAACAGAAUGAAAGUUUCAAAGUGAUAAGCUUCUUAGUGAACUGGAACAAACAGUUGUACACAAAAACACUAAAAUUGCCUAAACAACCUUAGUAACAAACACACCUCGCACAGCUAAAUUUAGGAUUAAAAAACGCAACGAACGUACAGUGCAACACAACUUUUUCGGCUUUGCCUGUUACGUUUGAAAAAAAAAUCCUUGUUCCACUAUUUUUGCAAUAAUUGUUUCGGACUCGCUGUGUUUGAGGUUAUCAAAAUUUUAAAAUUGCUCAACGCCCUUUCCCCUGUUACUGAAUUCGAAAACAAAAAUCGUUCCCGGUAGAAUUUGUGUACGAGUGCAACAAAACCAAUCGCAAGCAGAAUUAUUUCGAUUAUGAGCAACCGCUGCAAGGAAUCUUCAACCAGAAGUCCAACCACGAUCGUCUAAAAAAAACAGCAAGCAGCAUUUCUCACUCCAUUUCAUCUCUAGAAAUAAAAAGACAUAAAAUAAUAUUUUUCACAAUGGGUAGCAGUGAAGCGCAGACCUACUGUCUAAAAUGGAACAACCACAAGUCCAAUCUGGUGGAGAUUCUGGAUGCGUUGAGCCGAAUGGAAUGUUACGUCGACUGUACGAUCUACGUCGACGAACAGGUCCAAUUCAAGGCGCACCGAAUGGUUCUGGCUGCCAAUUCGCCCUAUUUCCAAUCCAUCCUGCAGGACGUCCCGAUGGACCACUGCAGCAUUCUGUUUCCGGGCGUUCAAGAAUUCGAAAUGCGUGCCAUUCUAGAAUACAUGUACACUGGAGAGGUGAACAUUACCCAGGCACAGAUCGAACCGAUCAUGAGUAUCGCGAAGCAGCUGGAGGUCAAGGGUCUGUUCGAUAUGGACGACAUCAAUGUAAUCGAGCGUCAGCGUGGUCCUACACUCUCGAGUAAUAACAACUACAGCAGUAACCCGCCACCUCCGAGCAGUAACCAGCAGUCACCUCCGGUAAUCUCGACAUCAACCAAUGUCUCUAUCGCUCACAGUAGCAGCUCAUCUCCGCCGUACACAUACAAAUCACCAUACACGAGCCUGUAUCCUCGCACUAGUCCAACCGCCGUUGAACGAGAAAGAGAUCGUGAACGCCGAGAACAUGACGAUCGGGAACACGGAGAACACUCCACACACCCCCACUCUCCUCCACACCCGCCAUUCUCCCAUCAGAACGAGCCACCUCAAGACGAACAACGAAAGACCCCUUCAGCAUCUUCGUCCUCUUCACAACCAGGCCCACACAAUCUCCGAUGGUCUCUGCCAAGUCAGAUCCCGGUUACAAUGCACCAGCCGCAACAACUGCACAAUAUGCUGAGCUCCGUCUAUGAUUCCAGUGCAGAUAUGAACCCAUUGAAGCGCAAAAAGCUGCAAUCUAUGUCGACCAUGCUCCGCGACACUCCGAUCCUACGAAACGUGCUUGCUCAAUCCAAUCCCGCAGAUUCAUCACAGUCCUCAUCUUCUCCACUGGCACUUCAAGCCAUUCCAGGAUUGAAAGUGGAAGCAACAGCUGCUCCAGGUGCAGCUCCAGGCCAUCGUGAACCCACCAAUUUGAGCAAUUCCAGUCAUCACUCUAAUGGUGGUGGAUUCAAGUACUUGAAAGAACCACUAUCACCUUUCGCGGAUAAGUCCUACGAUGACGAAGCCCUAAUGGACUCCCGUCUGAACUACAGCGCUGACGAUGCCCGACUUGCGUCCUACGUCCCACACCAGCAGCAGAAGCCCGAGUGGAAGAGAUACAAGCAGUACACCCGUACGGACAUCCACAACGCUAUCGAGUGUGUCCGCAACGGUAUGAGUGCACUGCAGGCAGCCCGCAGGUACGGGGUUCCUUCGAGAACUCUGUACGAUAAGGUGAAAAAAAUGGGCAUAACCACUGGACGCCCGAUGAACCGCUCUAUAAAGCGCAGCCCGAGCUCCGGCAGCAGCCCGGCCCCGUUCCCGUACGGUCUAAGUGGUGCAUCGCAUAUGUUCGGAGCAGGACAUUCCGGAGAGCAGCAAAUGCCAUCGCAGUCUCAUCUCCAACAGGGUGAUGAUGAUAAGGCUCGGAUGAUGAAAAUGGAACAUUCAGGACAUCAUUUACCACCUACAAUUCCUCAUCCUGCAGCUGCUCUGCUAGAUCCCUCAUUUCUCCAGCAAGCAGCAGGACGCGAAGCUCUGCACGCGAUGGCCAUUGCAGCUGCUGCUCAUGCUGCAGUCAACGGAAUGAACACCUCCCCAGGAACGCACGGAACGGCACGCUCACCCAGUCCAAACGUUCUAAUGAAAUAUAUGCGUUCGGUCUCGGAGAGUCGCAGCGAAUUGCGCCGCGAGUCCCCGGAAGCUGAUCGACACCGGCACAGCAAUGGUUCUGAAACAUACGAACGAAUGGACCGGGAAUCGAUGGAGCACGACGAUCCACGGAAUAUCAGCGCAGAGGGCGAAGACCUUGUAGAAGACCUAUCGAUGGCCCGGCGUGGACCUAACUCCGAUCGUGAAUCCGUUUCGCCUCAGCCCAUGCCCAGCCAAGGCCACCAGCAUCAUUUGCCACUUCCCCCAGCGUUGCCCCCCCAACAACAGGGUGUCAUUGUUCCCACCCCUGGUAAGCUCAAAGAUGACUACAGCCCGAUGGCGAUCAAGCGAGAAAUCCCGGCUGACAGCAAUCCUCAUAUGGAAACGUCAUAAUCAAUCCCACUGGAAUCCAUUUGGCUGUUCCUUUGUCUAAACGAAUCUGUUGCUCUUCGCGAGAAGCGGACACCACACCCCCUUUCUAUUCGUACUAAUAUGUUUCCUUAACACGGAGGACAUUCUUCCUCGAAGUCUUGUUCUCUACACUAUGAAACGGGUAAUAUAAUUUUCCUUUCUUUUUUACGGUUAGUUUAUCCUCUUUGUUUCCUAGUGUUUGAUAUUUCAUGCGCAAUUUGCGAGUAAUAAUUUAAACAAAACAAACGAAAAGACACAUGAAAGCUCAAAAAAACUAACUGCGAAUUUUAGCCGUUAAGUUAUUCUUCGAGUAACAACAAAAAGCAACACACAAAAAGCCGCGCAACAUGAGUUACCUUGACAUAACCUGAAAGCAAUCCCACCAAUUAUUGUUUAUUUAAAUCACAUAAUUAUUUAAUUCACUAGUAUGUAAUGAUGAAAAAGCGAUAACUUCAAGUGUUUUGCCCACGCUGGACCGAACGAAUCUCAAUCAGGAUGAACCCAACACAACAAAAUACAAUAGUGAAAACAAUCAAUUUUAUUCCAACAAUAGACUGAGAUUUUUACCGACUCGUACGCACACAACCAACAGCAGAACAAAAUGAGACUAGCAGCUUAGUGAACUUACGAACCAGUUGAACAAACCGAGGUGCAAUAUAAUACUGAACUCGUUUUAAUUUUUCUCGUAUGCUACACAGAGGAUUCUAUUUUCAUUUUUUUUAAAUAUUUUUUCGUCUUUACCUCGUAGAUAAGAUCACCCUGCAUGCAUGCAUGUAUUUUAUGUUGUUUUUUAAUUAUUAUUUUGUUCCAUUCUGUACUAUAAACAUUUACAAAAAAACGCGGAGAGUAGAAAUCAUAUCAAGUUCCGUACUAGAAAAUCAACAUUUUUCUGUUUGGAGAGACAGCAAUGCUAGCUAAAACUGACUGUACAUAUUUGUGAGUAGCAAGUUUUUGGUUGCGUUGAAAGAAAAAAAAACAAACGCCGCUGUCAACGUCUGUACUAUUACUGUAGAGUUUCGCAACUUUAACUGUUUAGAGCGAAUGGCCCCUCCUCCCCCACCGCCGUUCGCGAUUUUCCUAUUAUGUGUAAGUCAAUAUUUGUUGAAAUAUCACCAACAAGUGCCUAAAUAUUAAACACAACGCUGAAAAAACGACUAUUUUCCGUUCACGUUCUCAUCCUAUGUGUAUACUUUUUUGAGACUUUUAAUUGUUAAGUUGCCAGGCCAUAUCUCAAUUUAAACAAUGUGAACUAGGAAGCAACACCUAAGCUUCGAUCUAGAGAAAAAAGGUAUGUGAACAAUUGAAUGUGUUAGAAUAAUGCGUAGUAGUUGUGAAAAUAUUGUUAGCAAGACAAAAAAAAAAUUAGCAUAUAAAUGUAUUUAGCAAGGGAUGCCAUAUUCGGGAAUAAACGAAAAGCGAAUAAGAGUAUGCAUACACAGCGUGAAGCAUGAGAAUCAAAACCAUUUUUUUCCCUUCAUUUCUUUUAAUGAAACAAGACUGAUUAAACAGAAAAAAAGUGUUGCAGAAUAAAAACUAAAAAUAAAUACGCUGUGGUAUGCAAUGAAUGCAGCGCCCAUCGAUGGCAAAAUGUAUGAUAGGAUCGAACGAUCAGCAACACCGUAAAUGCACCUCCUGUAGAUAAGUAGCAGUAACUUCGUUCGAAAAUACCAAGUUGUCCGCGUGUAAACUAAAUUCUGUACCAUCGUUUCGCUUUAACUUUUUGAUUUUUUCGAAUGAAUUUUUAAGACUGAUUUAUACUUUCUUUCGUUUUGUCGGUAACGCUCACACGCAUUACUUAGAUAUUUAUUCGCGAGAAAUGAAGACAGAAUGGCAGCGCAACGGGUACAAACUAGAAGCUGUUUUCACACAAGACUUAGGAUAGAUAAGUCACGAAAUGCUCAGAGUAACUGAAAACUGAACUGAAAUAGUGCUGGGGCGAUGCAAUACUACAUACGGAAAAAUUUCGAUCUUCACUCGAAACUGGAAGAAACUAUUACGAACAUUGCCAGAGCCAAUAGCAGUAAACUGAACAGCUGGAACAACUUGUUUUUGCUUUUUUUUUCACGGAAGAAAAACUGUUAACUCUUAGUUACAUUAUAAAGGAUAAUUUUACUAUUAUUUUUAUGAAUUAUUUUAUUCACAUUAAGAACUCUUUUAAGUAAAAGGAAAACAUAAUCAAAAAGCAAAACAAGUUUCAAAACACAAACUGAUCGUUGCCUAGAUGUUAGUUCUGAUGUUUUUGCAGAAGAAAAAUUAAGCAAAAAGUAUAAUACCCGAUUGUAGAUUAAUCGUUAGUGCAUCAAAGUACGCAAAAGUUAUAACUAAACUGUAAUGACUACAUGUGAACAUUUUUCUUUUUGGAAAAAUUAUUGUAUCGGUAGAUGAAAGUAAACCAACAUUUGAUGGUUAAACUUUAUAUUAAAUGUAUAGAAAAAGAGCAUGGAAUAAA